AUGCAUCCAGACAUCUACUUAGAGACAAUAAGGACUGUUCCAGAGGAAACUGACCCGAAACCCCCCGGACGAAGCUUCGCCAUGUUCCACCAGCAAGAACAGAAGAGCUCCCCCGUUGUCCUGGACGUCAUCCCGCCUCACUACAACGUGCACCACGGCCAACCGAGUCCUCCGCAGUCGCCGGCCCAACAUUACAGCAAAGACUGCUCGAGUCCCGUUCAUUCCGAAAUAAAAAUGAACACCCCGACCAGCCCGCCGUUAGUGAACGAUCCCAACAUCCGACGAUACCGCACUGCGUUCACAAGGGAACAGCUGGCGAGGCUGGAGAAGGAGUUCUACAAGGAAAACUACGUGUCCAGGCCUCGAAGGUGCGAACUCGCGGCCCAGUUGAACCUUCCCGAGAGCACGAUCAAGGUCUGGUUCCAGAACCGCAGGAUGAAGGACAAGCGCCAGAGGAUGGCCAUCGCCUGGCCUUACGCUGCCGUAUACACCGACCCAGCUUUCGCCGCCUCCUUACUCCAAGCCGCCGCUUCAUCCCUGCCUCUACACUACCCCCCACCGCCCCCGAUGUACACGCACCACUACCCCCGGUACCACCCGUACCCCAGCUUCGGCGUGCCACCAGCAGGACUCCCGGUAUCGAACCCGGCCCUCACCUUGCAGCAGAACGUCGGUAUCAACCCCGCCGCUUUACCCGGCGCCCUCCCCCAGGCGGUACCUCAUCCCCAGCUCCCCCAAGGCUUGAACCUCAACCUGAACUUCGACUUUCCCUCGUCAUAUCAGCCCCAUCACCACAAGAUUUCGCCCAGCUCGCCGACGCACUCGGAGAUCAGCCUGAGCCCACCCGUACACGAGGGGCUCCUGAUCCCGGCCUCCAAGACGUCGCCCCAGACGCAGAUGCCCGUCGCGGACAAACCCAAGCUGUUCAAGCCGUACAAGUCCGAGGUGUAG